AUGUCGCCCGCCCGCGAGCGGGUCGCGCCUACGGAGACGGAGCCUGAAGCCGCUGCCGAGUCCAGCCGCGCCGGCGCCCGCGCGUCCGCCGGGCCCGCGGACGAGUUCCUGGCGCGAGCGCAGGCCCUCGGCCUGCGCCUCAGCCGCACUGACUACGAGCGCACGCGCGCGGGCGUCGCUGCCUUUCUCAAGGCCGAGCGCGUGCCCGCGUCGGCGGCCGCGCACGGCACGCCCGCCGACACGUCGGACGACGCGGAUCGCUCGGCGCCCCCCACGGAUCCCGACGUGACGCCACAGCUCUCCCAGUGGCUCCGCACGCCCAGCGGCCAGCUGAACUUCUUCACAGCGGUCGUGCACCCCAUGGCCCACGACGAGCAGCGCGCGCGCCUGAGCCUCGAUGAGGUCGGCAGCGCCGAAGAGAAGCGCCGCCGCCGCCUGCGCCGCCGCCGCCUCCUCGAGAAGCAAAUGCUCCUCGAGACAGGCGCGGCCUCGCCCGCGCCGUCCCUCUCAGAUGUACCGCCCUCGCCGGCCGGCACACCGCGCACAAGCGAUGCGCCGGAGCUCGACUCGCCCGUGUCUCUCGGCACGAUGCGCAGCAGCACGCCCGUGGGAUCCCGUGCGACGCGCGCGUCGACGCCGGGCAGCCCCGAGAUCGACAUACUCAACCGCAUGGCGCGCGUCGACGCGGAUGGCAAGCUGUGGCUCGCCUCGCGCACUCACGACGAGACCCUCAGCGAGGACUCGGCGCUCAGCGCGGACGAGUCGGUCGCUGCCACCGACGAGCCCGACUCGAGCCUCGCAGGCUGGGGGCCCCGCCCCGGCGCGCAGACCGAGCAGCUGAAUGCAUGCAUGAAGAAUAUGAGCCUCCUUGACCGCAUCAUGCUGAGCAAGACGAGCCCGCGGCGGAUGCGCCGCGAGGCCAAGGCGCGCGAGCGCGAGCGUCCCGAGGCGGGCGAGGCGCGCGCCUCACUGCCCGACACGAGCGUGUCGCACUGGGCGGACGUGUCGUCGGAGUCCCUGCUCGAUACGUCGACGGACAGCGCGCCGCCCCGUGCGGCCCACAGCCGGCACGCCACGACGCCGCUGCAGCGCAGCACGUACCGCGCCACGGCGUUCGACGAUAUGACGGACCUGUCGCCCUUCACCGCCGUCACGCCAUUAUCGCGCUUUGAUCCCGGCACGCAAAUCACGCCGAUGCGCUACUCGCCGGGCCUGAGCAUGGACUACUCGCAGCCCCGCACCUCGACGCUGGCAUUCUCGCCGAAUCUGCUCACGCCAUGGACGCACCGUGGGCGGCUCCUCUCGAAUGCCGGACUCGCGAACCUCCCCAGCUCUCCCUUUGUCUCGGGAGAGAACCAGCUGGCUGCGUCCGCCGAGACGGUGCGCGGGUCGUUUGCGUUCUCGUCGACGCCACUCUCGCACCUCCCUGCCCACGACGACACACGCGUACCGGCGACCUCGUCGCCAUCGCGCUUGCAGUGCAUCGAGUCGUUCCCUGGGCGCUCGCCGCAGGCGCGCGACAUCCUCGACUCGCCCGUCGCGCGCGACAAUGCACCGAGUCCGCUGGCGAAUAAGGGCCUCUUGCGUGCGGCGGCAGCGGGCGUGUCGCCAGGCAAGCCCACCACGUCGCUCCUUUCGCCGCUGUGGAUCUCGCACACGGCCGCCACGACCGAGGCAGCACUGCCAGCAGAACUCGAUGCACGCUGGCGGCGCACCGAUACCAUCCGCCCCGCCGACGUGUUCGGCACGGCCGCCCCCCUCGACUCGCGCGCGGCGCCCAGCGUAUUUACAGGGCGCGCGAGUGCUGACAGCGACUCGGACGACACGCCCGAGCACGGCACGUCCACGGCGUCGCCGACCACGACGCGCGCACGCCAUUUGCUGCCGCGCAUGCGGCUUCCGCGCCGCAAGAGUGGGCCGCCGCGCGCUGCGGCGCCGGCGGACGGCCACGACGUGUUUGCCAAGCCCGACGCUGGCGCGCCAGCGUUCCGUGACGUAUUCCAUCAGACCGUGCCGCCCUCCGACCCGAAGCAGACAGAAUGGGACCAGCCGGACGGCAGUCGUAUCGUCAAGCUCGUAUCAGAGGAGCUGCAGGCGGCGCUCGAUGCAGGAUCCCUCGAGCGCGAGCCGGCACCGCGCUACUUCCGCCUGCCGCCCGGCCACGGCACAUCCAAGGCCAAGCCUUCGUCUGUGUCGUACGCCGGCCUCAUUGGGCAGGCCAUUCUGUCAUCGUCCGAUGGGCGCCUGAGUCUCGCCGAGAUUUACCUGUGGAUCAGCUCCGUGUACCCAUACUAUGAGCGGGGCGACCGUGGCUGGCAGAACAGUAUCCGACACAAUCUCAGCCUGAACAAGAGCUUUGUCAAGCUGGAACGCGAGUCCACCAUUCCCGGCAAGGGCGGCUGGUGGGCCAUCGAGGCCGGGCACGAGCACCGCUUCCACAAUGGCCUGUACAUGCCGCACGGCACAGGCUCGUCCAGCAGCGUGGCGCCCGCGCGUCCCCUGCGCGUCUCUGCGCCCGCGCCCACACCCGCACCCGACGAGCGCACGCGCAAGAAGCGCACGCCGUUCACACCGCCGUCCGCCCGUGAGGCGGAAAUGGCUCGCGCCCAGAGCGAGGGCCCUGCAGAGGCGAACGAGGCAAAUCCUACGUUCAAGCGUCCAAAGACGGCGCGGCCUACGCGGUUCGCGCCGCCGCCCGCCAUGACCGUGUCGGGCCCAGCGCGCGACGGUACCAGCAGCCCGGUGCCCAGCCCGAACCUCUCACUGGACCGGAUGGAGGCGGACAGCUUUGACACAUCUACGUCGCGCUCGCUGCUUGCGACGCCUGGGCGGCCGGCCCCUGCGUAUGCUAUGCCGUCUGACGCCAAGAGCCCAACCACGCACGGAGGCAACACGUCCGCCUCUCUGCUUCCCUCGUCGCUGCCACCGCAGCGGUACCCGGGGACGCUGCCGGAGUACGGGGUCGUGUACAUGCCGGGACAUGAUAUGAACGGCGUGCCGAUGGCCUCGUCGCCCGGCAAGUCGGCGGCGUACCGUGGCGGCAUGCCGGUAUCGCUUCCGCAACCGGGCCUGCCGCCGGUGCCGCUCCACGGCAUCGCCUCGGGCUACCCUAUGCCCGUGCCCGUCCCCCUCGUGCCGGCGGCCUACUCUCGUUAUCCCCCUGAUGCUACGGCUCCUUCCACCUGGCAGGACAGCGAAACGUCCACGCCUUGGUAA